GAUUAUGAUAACCAUUGUUAUCUUUUUUCUUGGUUACUAAUUGUUAAAAAAUAAGAAUAAUACCAAUUCGCAUAUCGCACGCAGUAGUAAUAUUUUCGUAUUUCACGAUGGAUCUACGAAAUUCGGAAACAUUGUUCCUACCUGCUCUUAUCAUAGUAUUUUUACUCAUAUUGUUUUUUUAUUUAUUUAAGUCUUUGAAACAGUUCGUAAGAUACUGGAUUCUUAUUUACAAACUUCCUACCGGACAUGGAAGGCAGUUUUUCUUUGGACAUGCUGGUAGACUUUUUAUGAAACGUCCAGAGGAAGGGUUUAAUAUGGCCCGGGAAUGGAGCCAAAAAGCACCUCCAGUGUAUACUAUGUUCCUUGGACCAGCUUCUGUAUUUGUUGCUGUAAUUGGACCAGUCGAAUUAGAGCAAGUAAUAGGGUCAAUGAAACACAUGGAAAAGUCUAAGGGAUACCACUUUUUACAUCGAUGGCUAGAACAAGGACUUUUAACUAGUUCGGGAUCUAAAUGGCAGAAAAGAAGAAAAAUAUUAACUCCAGCUUUUCAUUUUUCCAUUCUUCUGGAUUUCGUUGAUACUUUUAAUAGCGAAACUAAUAAAUUUCUUAACCAAAUUGAGAGCAAAUAUUUAAAUCAGCCUGUAAAUAUUGUCCCUCUUAUCUCUGACUUUACUCUAUUGACCAUGAGUGAAACUUCAAUGGGCACUAGGCUUGAGGAGCACCAAGAGGGUCUUAAGUACAAAAAUGCGAUAGCAAGCUUAGGAUCUAUUUUAUACUAUAGAAUAAUAUCUCCCUGGUUGUGGCAUAAUGCAAUAUUCGACCUUACGUCAUUCAGAAAACAAGAAUAUUCUGCCGUUAAAACUUUACAUAACUUUACGAAUCAAAUUAUUAAAAAAAGAUCUGAAAACUUUAAGACUUUCAAUGAGGAGUUCGGUAAUAGUUUUAUAAAAAGGAAACACCCCCUUUUAGAUGUCCUGUUAAAUGCUUUCGUUAAAAAUAAGGACAACAUAGAUGAACAGGGAAUCAGAGAGGAAGUUAACACAUUUAUGUUUGAAGGACAUGAUACCACAGCAAUGUGUCUUAACUUUACCACAAUGUUAUUGGCCUGUCAUAGGGAAAUUCAGGAAGAAGUUUAUCAGGAAAUUGUUAGCAUCUUGGGACCAGACUUGAACAAUUUGCCUUCCUACUCUGACCUACAACAACUACAUUUAUUAGAAAGGUGUAUAAAGGAAGGUCUUAGAUUGUACCCUCCAGUACCACUAAUCGCACGAAAGGCAAGCGAAGAUAUUGAAACAAAAUACGGAAUUAUUCCUAAAGAUGCAUACGUGUUUACACAUGUAUAUGAUGUUCAUAGGAAUCCCGACCACUGGCCAGAUCCAGAUACAUUUGAUCCCUCCAGACAUUUACCGGAAAAUUCGAAAGGAAGGCAUCCGUUUUCGUAUAUUCCAUUUAGUGCUGGACCAAGGAAUUGUAUAGGUCAACGUUUCGCCAUGCUAGAAAUGAAAUCAUUUUUCUGUGGCGUCUUACGAAAGUUUAUAUUGCAACCAGUGGAUACGCCCGAAACCAUAACACUCUGUCAAGAUAUGAUUAUAAGAUCGAGAGACGGUAUCAGGGUGAAGUUUGAAUUAAGAAAUAAAUAAAAUGUAUAAUAUUUUACCUUUAUGAUUGCAUAAAAAAUAUAAUUUUAUUACUUGAA